AUGGCGACAGUAGGGGGAUUUUUAUUAAGGACAGCAAGCGCAGAAGAUAAAGAGGAUAAAGAAGAGGAGGAUAAAGAGAAGGAUAAAGAGCAAGGAGAAGAAGAAUGCGAAGCAAUAGAAGAAACCGAAAACAUUGCUAAGGAUAAAGGGGGAAAGAAUACAGUUCUGUUACCCGAGAAAUGGAAUUCCAACCGUUUAAAGAUGAGGGGGAAUAUACAGUCGGUUAAUUAUAGAGUUGAUAUUCAGCACCAAGGAACCCGCGCAGCAGCCGAUAGAAAGGAGGCUAUUAAGGAGGAAUAUCGACGGUGGAAGAUAAUAAGAUUAGUGGAUAUAGAGCAGCAGUUAAAAGCGUUGGUGGAGGCGUAA